AUAUAUUUCCGUAACGUUUCGUCGUUACAGAAAUAUAUUUGUGUUAGUGUGCAGCAAAACUCUUGAAUCACAUAAGACCAUUGUUUAAUUUGGACUUCAAUUGUUUAAUAUAAAACAAAGAGAGAGAUCUCAUCAAUGUCAUCUCAUUUCAGUCACCCGCUGUUAUUUAAUCAAGAAUUCACUGAUUUUAUUGAUUAUUUAACAUCCGUAACUCCCAUACUCCUAUACUGAUUGAUUAAAUAUGUAUGUAACCGCUUUUCUUGUUGUAGUUGAACUAUGUAUGUCUGAAGAAGUCUGACCUUGGUCAGACGAAACGUUACAGAAAUAUAUUUGUGUUAGUGUGCAGCAAGACUCUUGAAUCACUUAAGUUAUAUAUUUUUUUGUAGUAUAUUCGCAUACACAAAUACGUCUCUAUUUGUUACGAACUCCUAAAUAUUACCAUUUCCACUUUACUUACAAUACAUUUUUUCAUUUUUUUUUUCAUGACAUAGUAAAUAAAAUUAGUUUUUGCAAUGCCCGUGAAACAAAUUUUCAAAUAUUAUUUGAUAUUUCUUAUCGCGUGUAUGGUAGUGUAUUCACUAAAUCGAUAUCGCGUUCAUCCCAUAUCGGUAUUCAAUUCACGAUUCAGAAAUGAUAUCUUAUCCAUUGACACAUACAAGACCAACAUGAAUGGUGGCGUGGAAGCAACCAAACCUUCAACUUGGAUUGAUUUAUUCCCAGAGUUAACUUCUUUGGAGUUCUCUAUAAGCGAAGAAAGACUUGUUAAGUUUCAGAGAAGCACUUGUGCAAAUACAACUGAACUUUUAUUUCAAAGCGACAACUAUUUUCUAGGUGAUAUUUUAAAGGUCACACUAGUAGCAAAGGACUAUGAAGGUAUUCAAAAGCCGUAUGGUGGCGAUUACUUCAGAGCCGUUUUACGCCCCGAAGGCAAGGCCAAAGACGGAAUAUCAUGCGCGAUUGAUGACCAAAUGAACGGUGUAUAUUUAAUUCAAUGUCUCUUGUUGUGGCCGGGAAAGUCCAACCUUCAUGUCCAUUUGAUGCAUCCGAGCGAGAGCGUGCUUUUUCUGAUGCGAAACACAACAGAUACAACUGGUGGCGUGAGAUACAAAACUAAUUUCGUUGACUCCAACGGCCAAAAUGAAUCAUCUAUCUGUGCAAUGGAAUUUGGAAACGAAUACAGCAUCAAUCAACUAUGCAACUAUUCCAAUGCUAAAAAUGGAGAACCUUGGUAUUGCGUUAAACCGCCUUCGGGUGAAUGUAAUGAAAUGGUUUGGCAAGUCAAUGACAAGAGGGAAGUGAAUAUAAUCCCAGAUGUAGAGAAUAACUCGUUCUAUGAUCCCCACCGAAAUUGGAAUAUUCGUAUUCAUAAUGGCAAUAGGCAGAUUUUAGUUGAUGAUAGCAAGAACUUGAUGAAAAAAGAAAGAAAAGGACGUUGUGAUAAAGAGUAUGAGAGCAGCCUGAAUCCAAGUGCGCCAACUGGAUUUAUUGAGAAGACUAAAUGGAAGUCACUGACUUGUUACAAUUCCCAAUACCACACACAAUCCAUGAUAAAGUGUUUAACAAACACAUCAGUGUAUUUUGUUGGGGAUUCAACAAUAAGACUUUGGUAUGAAUUUUAUCGAAAAAAGUUUAGGGCGGAAGAAAUUCUUGACAAGAUAAAAGGAUCAUGGUCUUGCUCCAGAAUAGCAAUUAACAAACUACAUAACAUAACAUUAUAUUAUAAUUCGCACGGCCCACCUUUAAGAAAUCCAGGCCCACCAAUUACCCGACCGUAUAUCACUGAUACACUUGACAAAAUUCAAAGUACCGGCAAUAAAAUUGUAAUACUUUUCACCAUAGGAUUUCACUUCCAAGUUUUCUCGCCCAGAAUACUAAUUCGUAGAAUUAGAGUUAUUAAGACGGGUUUCCUUCAUAUCCUGAAAAGAAUUCCAGGCAUUCGAAUAUUCGUCAAAGGGUUUCACACUCAUACUGAAACCAAGCCUGUCAUACCAAGUGACUGGUUAAGUUAUCGUUUUGAAGUAAUUUUACGAAAUGAAUUCAGCGAAAUGAAGAACGUUACUUUUUUAAGCAUGUGGGAUGCUGCUGCAGUACUUAAGAAUCAAUUCAUACACCCAAAUGGCAGGGAACAAUUAUUGUAUGCUGAUAUAUUUCAAUCGGCCCUUUGCAAAAUUUGAUUGUGUUGUGCGCUAACUUCCAAAUGGUAUGCAAUUCAAUUUUGGAUAGUUUACUUCUCUAUUCAAUCAACAUGUCAUUGAACAAAAGGUUAUAUAUGUAAAAUUGCUUGGACAUUGUAAAGGUAUAUGCAUAAAGAAAUAUUUACAGUAAUAUCAGACCACGAUUGUCAAUGGGACCAGUGUUCGAAUGUUAUGUUCAUAGAAUACUCACUUCUCAAAAUGAUGGUCGAUGAAACCUCAAUAUAUAUACAUAAAGUGUUUUUGCGAAAUUUGUGAAACUUUACCAUAUAUAUAAAGCAACGUCUGAACGCACAUUAAAUCGUUACAUAUACCCUACUUUUUAGAAAAUAUGCAUUACGUUAAAACACCACAACUAAAUCUCAAAGUCAAAAUAAUCUUCAUAGACUUUAAACCUCAAAAAAUCAAUUCAAACCUUCAGAAUAUAAAAUGUUGUUUACUACAAGUUGUUUCUAAUUUAAACCUCAUUUUGUUUCUCGUUUUAGUUUAUACUUCAUCUACAGAUGCCUAAACUCAACUGCCUCAUCGCGAUUCCACAUCAUAUCAUGCCCAUCACUGUUUGGGGUUGCUCAAUUAAUUUUCCAUUCUUUUAUCAUACCGCCCCCUGAAUAAAAAUAAGAAAUUGAAUACAAUUAAAUGUAUGGCUCACUUAUCAUACAUACAUGCCUGUUCCAUAAAUUAUUUAACCUUGAGUAAUUAUAUCAACCGAUUCCGAUGUUAAAGAGCGAAAGAAAAAUAUCUUUAUAAAAUUGCAAGAAUAUUUCUUGGCAUGUUUAUAUGAUAUGAUGCAAAUUUAUAUACGCAAAAAAUUUACCAAACCAAUUCAUCAUCAAAUCAAAAUAUUCACCAAGAUGAGAAUUUGGAUAAUUUCCUUGAAAUUUUGUAAACGACGAUGCAAAUAUCUACAUUGGGGUAUUUUGGCAUUGACUUGGUAUCUCAUUAUAUUUUGGUUGCAUUUUCAUUUCUCUUGCAAUCCUUUUAAAUAUGGAUGUACUUGUUGGUGGCCCUAUUUAUAUCAUUUUCAUUUUUUAUUAUUUAAUCUUUAAAUUUAUUCAAUAUUUUCUUGAGAAAAGCAGCAAUUUCAAUCUACAAUGCAUUGACUUACUUAUUUGUAUCAUACCAAAAUAAAUUCUAUUACUGUUAAUAGGUUUAUUAAUUUUGUUCUACAGCAUAAGAAUAUUAAUAUCCUUGGCAGCAAGGAUGUAUAUGUAUUGUGCAGGAUAAAUGCAAGAUCUUACUGAUUAUUGGCCAAACAUGCAUGUUGUAUAAAUUUAUAUAUAUUUACCGCUCGCUGGUGUUGAAGGUGUUCUUCCGAAUGACAACAGACCCUUGGCAUCUGUGUGUGCGGAACCUAGAUAUGUACUUGCGAAAACUUAUCGUUGAAUGCCGGUCUGUUGAGAGUUCAUUAGGUGCUGCUAAUUUCAAACAAUGAAAGGAUGUCGUUCAUUGUGUCUGGCAUUGCAAUGAUAAUUGCCCCGGGGCUAAUGAUAUCGCCAGUUGGCAGUUUGUGAAAUAUGGAGCUUUUCAGUUUGAUUUUUCGAGUGUGUACUGUGUAGCAUUGUUCAUUCAUUAGAGCUAUCUUGAAUUGCUGUUUAAUGUUUUUUUCCUACUGAAAGCGUUGCGUCCAGGAAGUAAUUGAGAGCGUAUACAACACAGCUUUUAGUCGUCACGCAUAGCCUUUUCUAUGAAGUAGACCGCUGACAUUUUAAGUUGAGCUUGGCAUCCAAGAGGUUGAGACAAUUACUCGAAGGAUAUAUCACGAAAGUUACGGGCCGUAUUGUACAGGCAAUACCAGAACUCAGUCAGACAAUUUUCAUCGCCUAUGAUGGCUUUCGAUGAGCAAGAGGUCAAUUUCAGUAAGGUACCCACAGCUCAGAUUUAUUAUUUUCUGUUUUUAAUGAAUUUUUUAGUGUUUCAUAAUUUUGAUAAAUGGCAUCAAUCUUUUAGUUAUGCUAUCUGUGUUAAUACAAAAUGCGUGUUUAUUCUUCGGGAGCAUCCAAACUCAAAAACUUUUUAUCCAUUCUAUUCGGAAUUACUUUUGGAGCAAUAUUUGUGCUGCUUCUCGCAACUAGUUCAGUUCCGACAACAACGUUGCAGAACAUUAAUUUGAUGUCAAGAAAUGUAAACAAUGGACCGAUCACGCCGACACCUAACGCUUUAGGUUACCUUGUAACCGUUCCGAGGUUGGAGAAGAUUACGAAGAAACAUCAAGUUUUAAUUAGGGACGGCAACAUACGGGUAGCAAAAUGGCCUAAAAGUACUCAGUGGCCUAAACCUUGGAUUAGAGAACCGCAUGAAAACAUGGAUGAAAGUCCUGCAGACUCCAAUCCUAUGAAAGGAAGUUCGUUUACCUGCCAUAUUGGAAAAAUAGCAAGUUCUUUAAAGCCAGCUCUACCUCGGCAUUUUACUUCACGAAGAUUUCACGUCUUACCAAAAAGGUAUACUGCAAUGUUGCCAAAGUCGGACCCGGCACCUUAUUGUGGAACCUCUGGACUUCAUUUUCCGCAAAAUUACUUCGGCAACAAAAGACCACCCCAAGAAAUAUGGAUGUUAUUUGUUGUGAAAAGUGCUCCAUCUUACGAAAGAAAACAGAAUAUCUGUUCGUAAUACAUGGGGAUCUUCAUCUAAUUCUAAUAAAUAUGGUAUAUUUGUGUUGUUCGUGAUAGGAAAAACGAAUGACGAAACAGUAAAUAUUAACUUGCGAAAAGAAAAUCAGAAAUUUGGCGACAUUCUACAAUGCAAUUUUCUUGAUGAAUAUCAUGCUCUUCCUAUCAAGGUGUUGUCGACUUUCCGAUGGAUUCUAGAACAAGAGUUGAACGUUAAAUUUGUUACUAUGACGGAUGAUGAUUGCCUGGUCAAUUUACCUCGAAUGCAAUAUUUCAUUGAUGCUAACGUUACUACUGACCCGGAUUAUCAAAAGAAGGUAUAUUGUGGAUUAAAACUCCUUCACGAUGGAAAACCACACAGAGAAGAAACCAAAUGGGCAUUGACAAUUGAGCAAUAUUCGGGAGAUUAUUUUCCAACAUUUUGCCAUGGUGGUUUAUGGACUCUUUCUCCACGUUUGAUGAAAGGGAUUUACUGCUUAUCAGAAAUAACAGACUUUAGUGAUUUCUUUCUGGAAGAUGUCUUGUUGACAGGUAUUCUGCGAGAAAAGUUAAACUUCAAAGACACUAAUAUUAAGCAAAUGGUUGAAAGAAGAACACCUCGCAACGAGGUAAUGUUGUUUCACGUCGGAAAUGAUAAAAAGUAUAAAUCCUCUGGAUCAAGAAUGUUAUCAGAAUGGAAAAUUAUGAAAAAACGAUGGGAGUCGUCGGUGAAAAAAUAUAUGAACAACAGACACUGUGAUUUUGACUCAUUCAAGUCAUAUUUUUAUUGCUGUUUUGUAUUAUAUAUAUAUCUGCAAAUAUUUGAAAUGCUUAAUUCGUCCGACGGUUAAUUUAACGGUGAAGUUGUUUACUUUUUGGAAUGAAAUAAGUGAUAUUUUAUACAAUAUAUCUCAUUUUUGAAUUA